AUGUCAUCCUGGCUGAAGCGGUUGGUCGAGAGAGCUUCGUCUGCGGGCUUGUCCGAUGCCGCCCGUCUCUCUACGACGAAUCGCGGCGGUGCAUUCAACCCGUCACCUCUGAGCAGGUUCACAGUUUACGGUGCCGGGAACAAGCAUGAUCUCGUCGAAAAACUCGCCCAAGAAGCCGACUCAUCCGGCCUUCGCCGUACCAAAGGGCAAAACGCCGUCGUGAUACUCGCGUCGCGCAACCACGCCUCAUGGCUGACUGAUAAGACCUUCAUGGCCAAUCUCCUCGAGUCGUUCUCGUCCAAAUCUGCCAAGGCCAAUGGUGAUGCAGCAGAGAUCAAUGUCCUUGCCGCCGCUGUCGACGGCCUUUGGCCGGAGUACCCCCUCCUGCCAGCUCGUCACGGUUUCUCCAUCAUUUCCGGACCGCUCGAUCACCUCCUGCCCGGCCUCUGGGCUCAAGUCAAUGCAUCGCCCGCGCCGGUGAAGGGCCAGCCCGAUAAGGCGGCAUUGACCUUCCGCGUCAACAAGGCCGAUGCCAACGUGGGCGGGAACGCAACGACAAUCACCCUGCCUCUCGCCAACACCAUCUUCCAAAACAGCCGGCCGUUUACGCUCCUCGCGAGUCGCUGGCGCAGAGAGGGCCCGGGUUCGUCCUUGACCAUGUCAGACAUGGUCACGAGCCCGAGCCGCGAGGUCGUCUGCACGGGCGCCGACGCCGCGGCGACGACGCCGUGUAUUCUCAUGAACCCGAUCACCGCGCCCCGCACCAUCGUCUCCGGUCUCGGCAACAUUGUCCGCCAGAUCGACGUCGACGGCAAGACGGUGCCAGCGUCGCAGGAGCUCGAGGCCGCCGUGACCAAACUCUUCAACCGCCGGCGCAGGGUCGACGGGCCACACGCCCUCCCCAAGGGCCCGCUGGGCGUCUGGGCCCUCGUCUCGCCGCCCGAGAUCGGAAAGGACAUCGUCAAGAGCGUGGACCAGACGUCGGUGGACGAGAUGGGCGAAGACGCGAGCCUCCAGGACGAACUCAGGGCGGCCGGGCGCUGGGACCGCUUCGGCCCGGGGCUCGCCCUCGGACAGCGGAUCUUCCAGGUCAUCAGCGGCGGCGGCGGCUGGGGCAAGAAGCAGGGCCUGCUGUCGCUCGACACCGAGACGCAGUUCUCGCUGACGGGCGAGGAGGACCUCGAGUCGUUCAUCCGCUCCUUCCACGGCCAGAAGGGGGGCGACGGCGAGGACGCGCCUCUCGACUCUGGCGUCGUGGCCCCGGGCUCGACCCUCCAGUUCUUCACCACGGCGGUCGGAGAGCUGCCUGAGCCCCGCCAGGCCGACUUUUCGCUGACGGAACACAUAUGCGGUGAGCUCGACGCCUUUGGUGUGUCGAAACACAUUCACGAGAAGCCCAAGGUGAGCCUCGGUGGCGUGUCUUGGACCAUCCUGCCUGGAAAGUUCGGUGCAGUGUCGUCAGAGUGCAUGUAUGUCUACAACAUGGAUGCUGCAGGGCCGCAGAAUGGCGACACGGGGCGGCUACAGACCAAGAUCAACAUCCCCGAGUCAUACAUCUCAACGAGGCCUAUUCCAGAAGGGGAUGACCACACAGGUAUGUAG